UUAUCUCUCACCACUACCACAACCUUAAACCCAGGCAUGGACGGCUACCUGCACAGCGACACCGGAAAAGACAGCGACAUCGAGGUAACGCUCGAGGACGACAACUCCUCCGACGACCAGCAGCAGCAGCCCACCAGCACCCGGACAUUCACCCCCAAAGCCCGUUCGCAAACAGCGCAGCAGGUGGACGAUGGCCAGGAGCAGCCGUACCUGCCGCGUCUCAAGACCAGCAUCAUCCAGAUGGUCCUGAACAUCAACAGCGAGCUGAUCAGGCUCUGCCAAGAGUACCAGAACAACAGCCUGAUGGACGACCCGCAGCUGAUCAUGUACCAGAACCGGCUGCAGACCAACCUGGCAUACCUGGCCAGCGUCGCCGACAAUUACCUGGAUCCAACUAGAAAUGCACCAGACCUGGGACCACUGCCAACACCGACGCUGGCAGACAGCAGCGGAUCGACGAUUGAGGCGCGGCUGCAGGAUGCAAGAGAGGUGUAUGCAAAGUAUGUGCAGGCGUGGAAUGACCGGCAGCUGGAGCUGUCACGGCGAGCAAAGGCGCUGCUAGCCGACGAGGAGAAGGCACAGUUUGCGAGCCUGGACCGAGAGAACCUGAACGAGCAGGUGGUCGAGCUGCUGAGGAACGACAGAGUCAGCUUCGACAAGUCUGGAGACGAGCCGAUUUCGCCAGAGACAUACACGCCGUUUCCGCCAUUCAGGCUGCCGGCGCACACACAGCUGCCACCAGGCGUUCCCCGGUGGACAUUCAACAAUAGCACAGCAGUGCCUGAGGAUAGCAAAAAGUCAACAUAGCAUAACAUUCGUUGUAUUUUAAUUGCAACAGGGGUAGCACAGUUAGAAUGGCCGCGAUGCAAGUCAAUUAGUUUGAUGUGAUUUAAUUGGAC